AUAUGGAUACGCUACGACCAAGACAGGCCGCAGUACAUGCGAGCCGCUAUCACGGGACCCAGCGGAACACCUUAUGAGUCUGGAGUUUUUUUGUUUGAUCUUUACUUCCCACCGAGUUAUCCUUUGGUUCCCCCGAAGAUGCUCUUCUUAACAACAGCUCAUGGAACCAUCCGAUUCAACCCGAACCUUUAUGCUGACGGCAAGGUACAUCAGAGCAAGCUUACAGUAGAGAGGGUGGGAGAGAGGGAAGAAGAAAUGGAGCAGGAGAGGGGGGAGAGGGCGGGCCUCCUCCGCUCACUCCUUCUCCAGGUCCUCAUCUCCAUCCAAGGGAUGAUCCUUGGAGCCCCGCACCCCAUUCUCAACGAGCCCGGGCUGGGAGGGAUCGCUCAUGUGUGCGACAAUGCCGUGCGCGCCUAUGACGAGAGGGUUCAGCUUGCGACGUUGCAGCAUGCCAUCUUGGGUUACAUACGGAAAGUUCCGGAUGGUUUCGAGGAGGCAGUCCAGCUUCACUUCUUCAUGAAGAAAGCAUCGAUCCUA